CAGUUUCAUACAGUCGUCGCUGUUCGCAUAAGUGCUAUUGCAACCGAACCAGUUACCCUGCUUCACCCUUUUUAACAUCAAUAAGCGCCAAGUUUCGUAACUAUGGCUGAACCAGAGGACGUCGAGGAAGAUCUCUUCGCCGAUUUGUACGACGCGGAUGAGACGACGAACCAAACAGCCCCCACUGGGGGAGCACCGGUAUCUUCCAACCCCAUUCCCUCGGAUACGCCUGCCCAACCUUCAGGAAUUUCGGCUAUUCAGUCCGUCGAAGGUUUCGGGAAUGAGUCUGAUAGCGGAUUUGGCACUUACCCGACUCCUUCCUACGAAGGAGGAUAUCAGAAUGGCAAUACUUUGGACUCCGAUUUUCACAACCAUCCCACUGGCCCUGUAGGAGACUCAGAGCCUCAAGGAACUGGUAUUAAGGAAGAUGGGACUAUCUACGUAUGGCCAAGAUAGUGGUCCACGGAGGAAAUUUGUUGAGGCUUGAGAAACUUGCUGGAGCGGAAAGACCGGAUAGAUGGACAUGGCUUUGCGCUCGGGGUCAUGGGCUUUGGUGGGAAUGGCCAUUUGGCACUGGAAGGCACGAAGCCGUGUCCGCCUUGGAUGAACAGCA